UUGAUAAUUAAGGCUGGUCCAUAUAGAACUUUCGCUUUGACUGUGUAGUUAGCGUUGGUUUGAUAGAACGCAGCUUGGCAGAUACUACUUUGGCCACUAAAUUAACAUAUUAACGAAAGAUAAAUUAAUACUUCAUAUCAAUAAUUGCAUGAAAAAUUAUAUUUCUUGCCCUCAUUUGAUUAAAAGGAAAAAACAUUUCAUAUAAUUUUAUUUAUUUGCAACAGCUGGCGACCGACGCACGCGCUUUGUGUUGGCCUUAAGCGCUGGUUAUACUUACAUUGUGCUGCAGCGCACAACAUGAGUACUAUCACAUAUCGAAUCAGUUUAAUAAGCUUUGCAUACAAGCGAUUAUACGACGCAGCGCACGACAGAACAUGACAGCGAAGUCUGGAGAAUUUUGAUUUUUCGCUAUGUGACAUUCGCAAAGAGAGCUGCCACUCUCCUUGUACACUGACAUUUGUCAUUUACGCAGAGAUUUGACAUUUGGAAAGCGGCAAAAGAAGCGGGCAAAUAAUGAUUGACGACGAGAGGCUGGUGGAUUUAGUGCGGGCAAAUGAAGCCAUUUACAAGAAAUCUUGUAUUUCUUAUAGAUUGCCCGAGAGGAAGAGGGCGGCGUGGACAGGCAUCGCACGAGAGUUGGGAGCAACAGAGGAACAAUGUACUAGGCGCUGGCAGACAUUGCGCGAGAGAUAUUCCCGGGAGCUGAAGAAAUCGGAUGCACCAUCGGGAAGUGCGGCGGCCCUGAUGGACAACUGGCCACUAUUUGAAAAUAUGAGCUUCUUGAAGGAGUUUGUCAAGCCAAGACCGCAAGUAUUUUAAAAUGUAAUAUAUGUACUAAGUGUUUACGAUUAAUUUAAUUUAUAGAACUUGGUGCACAACAAAUAUUUUGGACGAGUAUGUAGAAUACCCCCCUUCGCCAAAUUUCCCGAUGUCGCUUUCGGUGUCGGAGUCGUCUGUGCUGACAGAUUCUCUUGACUUCGAGGAGUCGCCGACAACUUCUCAGAAGAAAAGAAAACGACAAGAAAAUGAUGCAGAUGGAGAGUUUCGCGAGGUAUGUAAAAUGUACAAGGAUCUAUGGAAAGAG